AAGAAGAGAGGAGAAAAAAGUAGGAGUGGAGACAAGGAAUCAGGGAGCAAGAUGGGACUAGGGAAGGAGACGAAGCAGAGAGAAGAUCGGGGAGCCAGAGCUCGCUGGGAAGGGCUGUUUUGGCGGAGGCCUCCCAGACCCCGGGGCCCUCCUCCAGGCUUGGGGUAGCCAGUCGCAGGACCAGAGCGGGUUUCUCUGCCUGCGGCACGGCCCUGGUCUGGGAUGACUCGUGCGUCCUCGGGCUGCAGCACAUGGUGGAAGGAUGCCAGGCUGAAACCCUAGGAGGGGGCAGUGCUCUUCGGCAGGAGACGGAACCGGUCACAAAGCAGCGGAGGGGAGAGGAUUUCAAGAGACCCUAGAACCGCUCAGGCCGGGAAAGGGCCGGAGCGCAGUGGAGACAGCGCGUACGCCGCGGUAUACGCCAACCCUACCCGGGCGCUCCGCCCCUGCGGGCUCUCAGGCCCCGCUCCAGCCCCAGCCCAUCCACAAAUAUGGCGGCUCCGGAGGCGGCCCCUCCUCCCGGGGCUCCCGGACUAACUGGGGCGGGUCGCGGCCGGCGGCUGCUCGAGAGCCCGGCCUCCGCUUGAUAGCAUUCCCCCAUAGCGCGAGGCCGGCUGCGUGGGCACUGGCCGGCGCGGGCGGGAGGAAGGCGUGGGGCAGAGGCGGGAGAUGCGAGGCCCCAGCAUCCCCGCUCGCUAGCAUCACAGUUCCGAACAGCGGUUCAGCCCAGCCGCCCGCCGCUCACCGCUUCUCCCUCCCGACCCAGACGAGGGUAUCCCUGGGCUGUUGGGUGACACCAUGAAUGAGGACACUCGGGAUCCCUCUCCGCCCGCGGCGGGAGCAGCGGCAGCGGUGGAGGAGAAAGAGAAGAAGGAGGAGGAGGAGGAAAAAGGGAAAGAAGAGGAGCGGGAGAAGCUGCCCCCUGUCCUCAGCACUUCCAGCACUGGGGCUUCUGGGGCGGUGGAAAGAGGAGCCAAAGGCCAGCUUUCUACUUUCAGCAGUUUCAUUUCAACUGUUAGCCAGAAGAAAGAAGUGGCUGGAAAGAGAAGUUCACCCACACAACUUGUUACACCUAACGUCAAGAAUGUGAGAGAUCUACCACCAAUUUGCCUUGAUGUUAGACAAAAACAGCGCCUGUCUAUUGAUUCAUUGUCAACUGAAAUGAAAGCACCAAUUCCUCCAGAACCUGUCCUUCCUAUUCGAACCAAAACUAUGAAAGACUUUCAGGAAGAUGUAGAAAAAGUCAAGUCAUCAGGAGAAUGGAAAGAGGUCCAUGACUUUUAUCUAACAACAUUUGAUUCUUUCCUGGAGCUCAGUGCUACAUUUAAGAAAGAUGCCAAUACCCCAUUUAAUACUAUUGAAGAUUCUGGGAUUAAUGCAAAAUUUGUGAAUGCUGUGUAUGAUGCCUUACUAAAUACUCCUCAAGAUAUUCAGAAGUCAGUACUGAAGGGUACCAUUAACAGUCUAUUAAGAGAAUGGAAAGGGCCACGAUCAAAAGAUGACCUUAGAGCAUAUUUUAUACUUUUACAGAAUCCUCAGUUUAAUAACACAUCUACUUAUGUCAUCUAUGCCCACUUGCUAAGACAGAUAGCUACCUUAGUGGAAGCGGACCAUCAUUUCCUUGUUCACUGGUUUAAAAAAUUAUCACAAAAAAGAUUCAAGCAAUUGGUAGACAGAUUGCUACAGUUUAUUUCCUUACGCCUAUUUCCUGCAAAACCUGAAGAAUUCCCACCUAUGACAAAAUGUUCCUGGUGGAUUCCAUCAGCAGCCAAAGUCUUGGCUUUACUUAAUGCUGCAAAUGAUCUGGCUCAUCUUCCUCUUAUUCCUUAUACUGAUUUCUAUAAUUCUACACUGGAUCAUAUUGAUCUCAUGGAGGAAUAUCACAUCUGGCAGUGCUUUGGAAACUCGCGAAGGUUUUCCUUCUGUCAGUAUCCAUUUGUUAUUUCUAUAGCUGCAAAAAAAAUCAUUAUUCAGAGGGAUUCAGAGCAACAGAUGAUAAGCAUUGCCAGGCAGAGUCUGGUGGACAAAGUUUCUCGAAGGCAAAGACCUGACAUGAAUAUGCUAUUUCUAAAUAUGAAAGUAAGAAGAACGCACCUUGUUAGUGACUCACUUGAUGAGUUGACAAGGAAAAGAGGAGACUUGAAAAAGAAACUAAAAGUGACAUUUGUGGGUGAGGCUGGUCUUGAUAUGGGAGGUUUGACAAAAGAAUGGUUUCUUCUUUUGAUUCGCCAGAUUUUUCAUCCAGACUAUGGCAUGUUUGCAUAUCACAAGGAUUCACUUUGUCAUUGGUUUAGCAGCUAUAAAUGUGAUAACUAUUCUGAAUUUCGGUUGGUUGGAAUUCUUAUGGGACUAGCUGUAUAUAACAGCAUUACCUUAGAUAUACGUUUCCCACCCUGCUGUUACAAGAAGCUCCUGAGUCCUCCCAUUGUUCCCAGUGAUCAGAAUACACCAGUCGGCAUCUGCAGUGUGACAAUAGAUGAUUUAUAUCAGAUUAUGCCUGAAUUGGCCCAUGGAUUAACUGAACUUUUAUCAUAUGAUGGUAAUGUCGAAGAAGAUUUUUACUCAACGUUCCAGGUUUUUCAAGAAGAAUUUGGAGUAAUCAAAUCAUAUAAUUUAAAACAAGGUGGUGAUAAAAUUCCAGUUACCAAUCAGAAUAGGAAAGAGUAUGUACAGCUAUAUGUUGACUUCCUUCUCAACAAAUCCAUCUAUAAACAGUUUGCUGCAUUUUAUUAUGGAUUUCAUAGUGUAUGUGCUUCAAAUGCACUAAUGCUGCUUCGUCCAGAAGAGGUAGAAAUUCUGGUCUGUGGGAGUCCUGAAUUGGAUAUGCAUGCUCUGCAGAGAAAUACUCAGUAUGAUGGCUAUGUGAAAACUGACCUUACCAUACGAUACUUUUGGGAUGUUGUGCUUGGGUUUCCUCUUGAUCUUCAAAAGAAGUUACUACAUUUCACUACAGGAAGUGACAGAGUACCUGUGGGAGGAAUGGCAGAUUUGAAUUUCAAAAUUUCAAAGCAUGACACUUCUACUAACUGGUUACCUGUGGCCCAUACCUGCUUCAACCAACUUUGCCUGCCUCCUUACAAAAACAAAAAAGAGUUAAAGCAGAAAUUGAUCAUUGGGAUUUCAAAUUCAGAAGGUUUUGGGCUGGAGUAACUUUGGACUUGAAAUAAAGUAUUUUUAUAUGUA